AUGAAAACUUCGAUAACUUAUAUAAUUGUGCUACUCUCUGUAAAAAGUUUUGUAGAGGAUUCUUCUACAGAAGAAAAAUGGGGAGAAUGGGGACCGUGGAGUGAAUGUAGACCAAACCUAACUAUUACAGUAGCUCAUCGAACAAGAUUUUGUUUAAAUCAUGCGGGGCAGUGUGUCACGAAUAGUACAACAGGUUGCAGCGGUGAUUCUUCCGAAACCAAACCGUGCGCAAUGGCUAUUCAAAUGGACGCUGUGUCAACGAUAGAUAUAAAUAGCGAAAAUUUAAUAAACAAUGUGAAUUCCUGUAAGGCUUGUCAUCAACUGACAAUUCUACUUGUGAAUAAUAAAACGUUAUCUAAUGGGCACAUUGCGAAACGAUAUGGUGUAAAGAACGACUGUCAAGCCCUUACCAUUACUUGUUCUUCUGAUCUACAAAUCGAUAUGGUCGAAAUCAUCAGUGCUAAUGGGAACCAAUUAGCAGUAGGGAAUGGAAUGGUUACAAUGACUUUCGUCUGCAAUUAUCUUAACCAAUGGCAAAGUGAAGUUGGUGAAGUGCAUCAAGCAAUCGCAUGUGCUGCUGAACAAGAUAGGAUGCUUUCUCCAUCACUUUUACGCUCUUGCAGGCGAUGCAAGCCAAUGUUAAUUUUGCCUGCAAAUUUAAGUAACAAAAUGAAUGGUACAAUAACUUCAGCGCAGUAUUUAAUCAAUCAAUGUGUUGUUAUUGUAAUUACUUGUUCAGCUGAUCAGCAAUCUAGUGCUGUGAAAGUUCUGAGCAACGAGGAGACGAUAUAUUCUGGUAAAGGAUCUGUAGAUGCAACAUUUGCUUGCAAUAACAAUGGUGAAUGGGAAGCUGUGAAUCGAAAGAAAUAUUCUGGCGUUUCAUGCAUUCAAGAACAAAAUGAUGAAAAAAGUAAUAGAUUUUCCGCAGAAGAUUUAACUGCCGAAGUUUCAUGCGGUCAUUGCUCUAAAUUGGAAAUUUUGCAAAUAACAGAUCCUGUUUCGCGUAACGGCAUUGUUUUUCAGUUCGUAAGAGACACUAAACCAUGCCCUACCAUGGACUUCAGAUGUUCAUCAUUAGAGCCGACAGCUAAUGUCAUCAUAAUGAAUUCGGAACACGUAUCCUUAGCGAAAGGAAUAGGAAAUAUUGAAUUGCCAUUCAAAUGCACUGGUAAUGGAAAAUGGCAAGCCAGUGAUGGCGCUGAAUAUACCAAGCUAUUCUGCAUCGUUCGCAUUCCUGAAAAAAUUGUAGCAGCAAUGUUCAGACUCAGGAAUCAUGUAGCGAUACAAGAUGGAGCGACUGGAAGGGGUGGUCUCAUUGUACCAAGUUGUGUGGCGCUUGCGGUAAAUGGAGUCGAUCGAGAAAGUGUCUGA